GAAUUACUAGGUACGGAGUACGCCCUGGCAUGUCCUGAUCGUGAAUGUGAAUAUGCUAUGCUGUCGGCCCAAGAGCUCAGUCUUCGGGAUGUCAUUUUUCGGAAGCCUCGCGCGACAGUGGCAAAAGUACUGAGCUGCUCGGCAGGGCUGUUUCCGGGGUAGAGCCGGGAAAGGGGAGCAGACGAGGAAGGGUGAAGGGCCUAUCGGGGAAUUAUCUGGCAGGCCACCGACAAUUUGGAGGAUGCAGGAUGCAGGAUGCAGGAUGCAGAUGAUGGACAUCUCAUGUGCCCAAACCAAAUGGCUUGAUAUUGACUACCGAAAAAAAGCCCCAAGCGUGGGGAAAACGGCAGCCGGGACAUCUAGAAGGCUUCGAAGGAGUGAGGGUCCGAACCAAACCAGCAACACCAGCAAGGACAACACCCGCAAUCCUCCUGAUCCCUCCUGCAUUACACCACCACUGCGAUGCCGAGACCGUUAUUGGAGGGUCCAUUCCGUGGAAACCCCAGAUGGAUACGACGGGAGACCUCCCACGCUCCCAGCUGUCCGGCCUUUGUCCUCUUCCUCCACGGCUAUUUUUGUCCAGCAGCAAAGACAUCCGUGGAAUCAUUCUCCACCCCACCUGAGAGACAGCUGGUUCUCCUCCUUCCCCACUUUCCGAGCUGUUUUGACCGCUAGUGUCAGUGUCGCAGUGUCGCAGCCCCAGUUCGAGUUCGAAUCUGAUCCCGCAGCUCGGUCUCCCCGUACACGGGAAUCCCGCUCUACUCUGGUGGGCCAUUUUCAUUUUUAUUCCAAUCAAUCAAUCAAUCGAUCGAUCGAUGAAUGGUCGUCCUCUGUUGCUUGCUUGCCGCCUUCAGCAGCCAAGCAAUGGACCCGGCCAAGUCAUGAUCCUCCCCCUGUCUAUCUAUUGUGCAAUGUGCACGGUGAUGCGUAUGCGCCCGGUCCCCAUCCCCCAUCCCUGGCCCUGUGGCAAGCUUCCCGGGGCAUACAUACGGUACAUAGCUUAUGCAUAGAGGAGGCGGGCGUGGUACCGUGGACCAAGAGGUCUGGGUCUCGAAGUCAUCGUGAAAACAGCCUAGAAUCUGACAAUAGACCCAUCGAGGCAAUCACGCGAGCCUUCGUGUUUUCCCCCCCCCUUCUCUCCUUUCUAAGUUGGGUUCGUCUUGUGCGACAGCGAGACAUUUGCUCUCCUGGCGUAGACUCUUCAGGAUCUAUAAACCCCAGGCCCCUCCGACGAGCCAGACCAUGGAAACGACGACAUUCCGUAGCCAUCGCGACUUCGUGGGUAGCAAGUCUCUCUCCUCUCUUCUCCUCUCCUCUCCUCUUCUAUUCCUUUCGCGUGCAUCUGUUUUCAUCUUAUCCAUUCUUAAUCCUUAAUCCAUCUACAUACGGUGACACCUAAUUAUCUUGCUCUCCUCUGCCUACCGUAGCCAUGCGUUUCGCACUGUGUCGG